UCCGAGAGAUUUCGAUUCUGAUUGUGAAAUGGAGGACGCAGAAUUAGAAAGAAGAAGUUGUGGGUAUAUCAGAAGACUGAUUUUCAAAGCAAGCCAAGAUACAGAUGUGGCUGUCGACUUGGCGCUGAUUAUGUUUGACAAAGAUACCAUCGCAUGCAAUGAGAUGCUUCAUUUCUCAGGAUGUAGGGACGUGAAGAGAUUACAGCUUAAAGCUGUUGACCCAAAUUUCCAAAGAACAAAUCUGAAGUUUACAAGUGGGAAGAUUUUUAAGCAAGAGGAGAAAAAGGUUGAACUUGGAUAUAAAGCGAUAAAAUGCGGACUAAUGACUGGAUUGACCGUUGGAACCUUGGCUUUUAACAGCACACGUUGUCGGGCGCAAGUUAAAGUCACUGAUAAUUCAUGUUCAGUGCUGAUGAAUGGAAAUAGUUGUAUCCUCAAAGGUCAACUAGUCGUUGAUAGAACAACAGAUAAUCCAUUUUUUAUUGACGGUGAUUCAGGAUCGGCUGUAUUUGUGCAAAAUGACAAUUCUCUUGAGUGUCUUGGGAUAGCUAUUGGUGGGAUAAAGUCCUCUCAACAGACCCUUGUCACACCUAUUGGAGAUGUGCUUCGUGAGCUAAAAGAACAAAAUGAAGAAGCAAGUCGACCGAAAGAGUACAAACUGAAAUCAUUCGAUUGAAUCACGAACAUGUUGUAGUUCUUCUUCACUGAGUUCGUCAGUAGUAUUUGAAUGCUUUUUUUACCAUGUUAUUCGCUUCUGAAACUUAUUGGAACAUCUCUUUCAAGAUAUAUGCAGAUGUAUAAAUGUACAUUCCAGGAGAAGCAGUGUAUUACUAAUGCUUUCCAUGGCCAAGUCUAGGAUUAGAAUUUAUCAAAGGUAUCGUGAUAACGAAAACAGGGUGAACAUAACAGAUUCUAACAAUGAUUAGAAUUUAUACUUCACCGUCCAGAAACAGAAGGGGCGGAUUGUACACUUAUGUAUUUAUAUACAGUCAAACUUUGAUGUUUCGAAGUUCAAGGGACUAACAGAAAAACU